UUGUAUUUUCCUCGGGGAUUUUUUUCCGAGUCAAUGAAGAAGGGAAACGGCGGAAGGAUCACGAGUCUCACGCUUGAAGAGAAGGGGGAUGGGAAAGAGGGAGGGGAUGGCUCGGGAUGCGACGGCCAACACUGCGGCUCCGGCAGCGGCGAGACCCGUCGGGCGGGCGGCGGCGGCCCGGCGAACCGGAGGGCGGAGGAGUCCAGUCAGUCAGCGGCGGGUGGCGGCGGUUCCUCUCAUUGCGCCAGGGGCAGCUGCAGGCGGCGGCUGUAUCCAGCGGCCAUGGCGGCGGCGGAGGCAGCUCCCUUCAGAUCCCAGGCAGCGGCUCCUCGACUUCUUCCCAUACGCCGGGGACAUGGGAACCCGGCAACCGCUGUGUCCCUCGGGGUCCUCUCCCCCGUCCGCAGAACCGGCGCGGCCCCCCUCCGCCCCUCGCCUCAGCUCAGUGGCCGCUCAGGAAGUGUCCGCGCGGUGCCCCUAGCGCGAAGCCCUGUCAACGGCAGCGGGCCCUGCUCCUCCUCGCUUCCUUCCUUCCUUUGUCACUCGGCCCGGGCGGCGGAGGCGGAGGCAGAGGCGGAGGCGGCACAAGCCCGCAUUCGCCCGGGUCGGGGGCUGCUCUGCGUGAGGAGAGCCGUCUGCGCAGCCGCCUUAGCCCUUCCUCCUCCCCCUCCCCCUUCCUACUCGUGGUCCGCCUCCUUCCUCCCCCACCCAGCCUCACACCGCCCAGCGCCCAGCCGCCUGCGUAAAAGGCGUCUGGAAAUCGCCCGCCGAGCCCGCGCCCGCCAGCUUCGGCUGGGCUGUCGUACCCUGAAGCGGAACGAAUCACAGACGCCGUUGGCUGGCGGCUCCAGCCGGAAAAAGCCGAUCGUUCUGAAGAGCCAAUGAGAAAACGUCGCUGGGAGACCACGCCCCAACAACGAGGGGUGCCGGAGAUAGCCGAACCCAAAGAAGGUAGAUUCGUCUUGUUCUGGGGCUGGCUGGGGGGAGAGAUUCGACGACAGCAACCGCGGCCAAUCAGAGCUGCCCGCCCUCAGGAGAAAGCCUGAAGAGUUAAGGACUGUGAAACCUCGAGUCGCGGGAGAAACUACGCGGCGCGGCGCCGCGGCCGCUUCGUCAUUGGCUGGAAAACUCCUCUGGGAGUGGACCGUUCUCGGACAUAAAGCCACAAAAGGUGGUUUUACGAAUACUGACUAAAAUGGAAAACAUGAAAGACCUCAAAGUUAUCUUGAGAAACAUUUGUUUGCAGUCACCUUAAUCACCUUACUUGCUUAGGCACCCACAAUCAAUUCUGUUCUUAAAGAAUGUCUUAACCACUGCACCUCAACCUGAAGGCAGACUCCCAUACUCCAGAUGCCCCUCUGAGACACUAGGUGGCCCCAGCUUGUUGUGCAGGAUGGUAGCAUAGAGGGAGGACAGCCUGUUUAUUACUAUCAGCCCUUCUCAACCAGACUUGCUGAAUUAGAAGCACCUCAUCCCCUUAUCCAAGAAACCACAGAACAUAGUAGAAUCCAUUUGUCACAUGUAUCAUCAUGUUUGAGGGGACAGCUGCCAACUCCUCCUGACCCUUCUUAAUAGGAAUGGCAACAAAUGAUGACUGAAAUUGAGAAAUGAUUAAUGACUCAGGUCCAAGGACAGGAACUAAAUGCAGAAACAGGUCAGAAAUGCCCUCCCAGUAGAAGAUCCACACUGGGACCCCAAUUCAGAAGGUGAUAAAGUCUGCCUAGAAAGGUAUCCCCUACUAAAAGGACUAAAACAGGAACUAUGAAGACCACUGAAAUUCUACAAAAACCAGAUGAAAGCCCUCCUAACUUGAGAAGAGGCUCUUCCAGUUCACGCCUUUGGACCCUGAAGCCCCUAAAAAUGAAUGAUGAAUACAGCUUUUGUGGGCUAGGAACAAGGAGACGUUUGGAGGAAACUUCAGAAACUGGAAGGCUUUGUAAGGAUGAAUAGCACCUAACUGCUGGAGGUUAUAAAAAGUGUUCAUAAACAGACUACCAAACAAGAGACAUUGAAGGUGCAUGCCUUUAAUCCCAGCACCUGGGAGGCAGAGGCAGGCAGAUCUGAGUUCAAAGCCAGCCUUGUCUACAUAGCAAGUUCCAGGCCACCUGGAGUUACAGGGAGACCCUGUCCCAAAACAAACAAAAAAUGAAUGCCCCAAUAAGAAAAUGGGGAAAGGGAGCAGCCCAAAAACCAAGGCAGAAUCUCAUUCCAUGCAAGCACCUCCCACAACAAACUUCACUGGACUGGCUGGAAUAGACUGACUCAUUCAAAUUAGGUCACCACAAGCCCAUGGUCAAAAAUGAAAAUUGGGGGCCAUUUGAUGGGCAUGGUCUACACUGGUGCUGAAUAUUCAUUUGUUACCAAAGUAGUGGGUUGCAUAUCAGGAGGGACAACAAUAGCGGAAGCCACUAGUGUUCCAGUGAGGUGUCCCUUCUGUAAGUCUUGCAAGUGCUACAUGGGAUGACAUCAAAUAAUUCCUCUAUCAUCUGGAGCUCCCAGAGCCCUUGGGAAGAGAUCUGUUGUCUAAGCUUGGAGCAUGAAUUACCUUCUUCAUUGAUGGCACUGCUUGCCUUGAAAGAAAUUCCCAGAAGCCACUUCUCUGAUCCUGUCAAUCUCAAUCCCCAAGAGGAAGAAAGGAUAAUUCACUCCCAACUCAUCAAACACCAACUUUACCCUGGAAGCUUGAAACUCCUGCUUCCCUGUACUCUGGGCUGAAAUAAACCCACCUGGUCUGGCCAUUAAUCAUCCACCUGUGAUAGUUGAGCUGCUACCUACAGCUGCCUGACAAGGGUUCAACAAUACCUCUUAUCUCUUGAAACCAAGAUUGGAAUUCAGACUCAUCGGCAGAAAUUCUCGGAGCUUGGAAUACUUCAAAAAUGUCAGUCCUGGACUACUCACCUUUCCAGGACCUGUGAGCCAUCAACCAAGCAACAGCCACCAUUCAUCCAGUGGUCCCCAACCCAUAUACUCUCCUGAGUCUCACACCUGUGGAAGCACAGUGGUUCACCUGCUUGGACUUCAAGGAUACCUUUUUCUGUAUCUACUAUCCCAGAGGGGCAUCUGGAGGGCAAAUAUCUGCUUUCAGGUUGAGCUGAAGGGGUUAAGACAUUCUUUAACAACAACAUAAUUCUCUUGGCACCUACAAGGCAGCCAAUAUUUGCCUUUGAAUGAGAGGAACUCAGCAGCAAAAAAGGACAGCUAACCUGGGCUGGAUUGCCCCAAGGACUCAAAAACUAUCCCAUGAUAUUUGGGGAAGCCUUAGCAAGUGACCUAGCUGAUUUCCCAAGUAUAGAACUGAAAUGCACAUAGCAAUACAUGGAUCAUUUACUCCUGGUGAGUGGAACCCUGGAAAAUGCAAGUGAGGAACAAAGGUGCUUGCUACUGGACCUGCUUCAAGAGGCUGGAUAUAGGACUUCUCUCAAAAGGACUAAGAUCUGCCAAAAAAGGCAGUUUAACCACAUGGUGGCUAACAACUGGCCAUAACUCCAGUUUUAGGGGAUCUGACACCCUCUUUGGCAUUGUACAAUAUGGGUGCACUUACAUACAUGCAGGCAAUACACUCAUAGGUAGGUAGGUAGGUAGGUAGGUAGGUAGAUGAUGGCUGGAUGGCUGGAUGGAUAGAUAGAUAGAUAGAUAGAUAGAUAGAUAGAUAGAUAAAAUUUUUUAAAUGAUCUGCCAAAAGAAAGGUAUCUAGAAUCCCAGAUCUCAAAAGGACAUCAGGCCUUGGGAUCUGAAUGAAAAAAAGUAAUAACUCUUCCUCACUUGAAAGAUUCAGAGACAUAUGUGAGAGUUCAGCCAGCUUCUGUCACAUCUGGAUUCUUCAGUUCCUUUUUAUUGUUUUGCCCAGGCCUCCUCUUCCCGAGUAUAUUGGGCAUUUGGGAAAGGUUGAGAACAUCAGGCCUUUGCUAAGAGCUGCUAAUAGUCAAACCCCUCUAUGAAGCACCAAAAGUAGGGCAAAGGAGCCCUUCCGUGGGGACAACAGAAGGCCUUUUUAACUAUCAAAAAAAAACCUACAAGAAGCACUGGUUUUGGGACUCUCCAGUAUAAACCAAGGGUUUAAAACUUGUUCAUCCACAAAAAGAAGGGAAUGACCCUGGGAGUUUUAACUCAGAAUAUAGGGCCCUGGCAGCACCCUGUGGCCUACCUGUCUAAACAGCAGAAUGACUGCUCUGCCUCCAAGAUAUUGCGACCACCACCCUCCUGACUGAAAAGGCUGACAAACUCACUAUGGAACUGAUUGGGGGAAAGAAAGAAAGCCGUGCAUUUAAUGUCACCUUUGUCUGUGACUAACAUUACAACUGAUUUUAUAUUUUUGAAAUAGUAACUUACCUUGUAGUGGUUUUAUAAAUGUUUACUAAAAUCUGUGUUGAAAAAGAAAACUAAAAUGGAGAAAAUAAAUACCACAGUUACCUACUGAGA